AAAAAAAAAAAAAAAAAAAAGGACAAAUGGUUUCUUUAUCAUGCCUUGAAUAAAUAAAUAUUCUUAUUAUCAUGAACCACAUCAUUGUUUCAAGCUGACUUCACAUCAUUGAUCUUUUAUCUCCAGGCAUUCCACAGAUCGUGAAGUUGCAGUUAUGAUGCUUAUGGCUUAUUUGUCAUAUAUGAUAGCAGAGCUGUUAUCCCUUAGUGGGAUUUUGACAAUUUUCUUUUGUGGCAUUGUCAUGUCACACUAUACAUGGCACAAUGUUACUGAAAGCUCGAGGGUAACAACCAAGCAUGCAUUUGCAACUAUUUCAUUUAUUGCAGAAACUUUUAUAUUCCUGUAUGUUGGUAUGGAUGCCUUAGAUAUCGACAAGUGGAAAGCAAGCCAGACAAGUGUAGGAACUUCAGUUGCUAUCAGUUUGACGCUACUUGCUUUAGUGCUGGUUGGAAGAGCUGCAUUUGUGUUUCUUCUUGCAAACAUUGCUAAUCACUUUAAAAAGAGAGAGAGUGCAAAGGUUACACUGCAUCAACAAUUCAUAAUUUGGUGGGCUGGCCUAAUGAGAGGUGCAGUUACUAUUGCUUUAUCAUAUAAUCAGUUUACAGGAUCUGGCUCAACAUCAACAACCACAGAAGACCGGGCACGCAUGAUCACUUCCACUGUAAUCAUUGUCCUCUUCAGUACAGUGGUCUUUGGAUCGAUAACAAAGCCUCUGAUUGAUGCUUUGCAAAAGCCAUCAAAUGUGAAUGCAGCUGAACUCCCGAGCUUUGAAGAACUUCAUAUCCCACUUCUUGAAGAUGGAGGGCCAAGUGAUGAGGGUGUCCAACAAACAAUCCCCAGGAGAGGUAGUCUAAGCUUGCUAAUAAGCCACCCCACAUCAACUGUUCACUUCUUCUGGAGGAAAUUUGAUGACAGAUUCAUGAGGCCAGUGUUUGGAGGCCGGGGUUUUGUACCAUUUGUUCCUGGUUCACCAACUGGUGAAGAAGUAGAACCUUCUCAAACUUGAAGGCUUAGCUGUUUACUUGUGUCUUGUAGCAUAUAAUCGAACUUUUUCACCAUUUCUUCAUUUGAGUUGGUUAGGAUAAGUUCACAUUCCUAUGGUCUGUUUCAUAUUAAAUAAAUCUGAGUCCUAUUUUCGUAGGAAUCAUUGGCAGGUCUUGUAGUUCAUUUAAAAAAUAAAUGAAUUUGCUUUUUUCAUUAA